UGAAAAUUUUGAACACCGCCAAUCUUACCACUUUUUAGACAGGAAAAAAAAAGAGUGCACAAAAGCACAUGAAAAUCACGCUGCCGUCACUUUGCUCUACAAACUUUCACAAUAUUUGACCAGAAAAAAUCUUUACAAAUUAUUUUCAAACACCAUCUGAUCUUUCUUCUUCGUUCAAAAAAACAAGUUUCAAUAUUUCUUAUUCUUUUUAUGCAUAAAUCCUAAACCCCAUUUGAUAUGUUGUUUAAAAUCAAAAACCCAUGUGGAAUAUACAAAAAUCUUGAAAAAUAAUCUUGAUUUUGUUGUUUAAAUCAGAUGGUUGGGAAUGGUGGUUUAAAGUAUAGUAAUACUACUACUAAUAAUAAUAUUAAGAAAUCUUAUUCAAGAUUAUUUGUAGAUAUAACAUGUAAAUUGGGUGGUUAUUCAUUUAGAAGUGUUCAAUCUAUAGAUCCUAGAAUGUCACCUGCUAAUUCUUCUUCAUCUUCAAUUACUGUUAAAAAUGUUAAUUUAUCAUCAUCAUCAUCAUCAAAAUCUCCUUUUUCUGGUCUUGUUAUUUGUGUUACUGGACUAUCAAAAGAAGCAAGAAAACAAGUGAUGGAUGCAACAGAGAGAUUAGGUGGUCAAUACAGUCCACAUUUGCAUCCGCGGUGUACCCAUUUAGUGGUCCAAAGCUCAGGCGGACGAAAAUUUGAGCAUGCUUUGAAGCAUGGAGCCACAAUUGGUCUCUUUAUUGUUACACUUGGAUGGUUUGUUGAUAGUGUUAGGAAAAAUGUGAGAUUGAGUGAAGCCCUUUAUGUUGUAAAAAAUUUUGGAGAAAAUCGUAUGCCGAAGGAUGAUCUGAACAUGCUUGCCAGUGGGAAUACUUGUCUCCCUGUUGCCAUGCUGGAAAAUGCCAAACAACCAAAUAUGAUUGAGAAAUCGAGGUUAUUCUCAACAGAAGAAGAGCUGAAAAGAAGAGGCUCAGUUUUUUCGGGUCAAUCGUUUUAUGUAGAUCCGGAAGUUUCUGCUGAACUGCUAAAUAAGGUUGUUGAGGCAGCUUUCGGACAAGGUGGUUCGCUUAUGGAUCAAUGGUUGCCCGAUCACAAUGCUAGUCAUGUGGUAUGCGAAGAGUCUUCUGUUCAGAAGUAUCUUGGUCACUCCAAUCAUCUUGUUACACCCCUAUGGGUUCUGAAGACUGCGAAGGAGACAAGGCUACAAAGACUCGUACAUUUGUCUGCUGACUUGGCACGUCAGAUUGGAAUUAUGCUUGAUAAUGCUCAAGGUGGAGGUGGUCGAAAGGAUAAUAAUGGGGUUGAUGGUUUUCAUGCUGCACAAAGUCUUCGAAUGAAUUCAAAUUAUGAAGAAAAUCAGAAUAUGGCAAACCUUGCAAAAAAAGGUGUUAGGAAUCGCCGUGGUCGACGUAUGCAGACAUGUGAAACGCCAAUAAAACCAUUAACACCAGCGACCCUUCUUGAUUCAAUUUGCUGGUCAAUAUCUGAGCCAUCAUCAAGUGCUUCUAUCUACACUGACUCUGCCACUGACACAAUUGAAGAAGAGAAAGAACCUGAUGCUUCUUUUGUGAACAACACACGACCACUUUCAGAAGUUGAGAAGAAUGAAUUGGUUCUCAAGAACCAUUUCCUCACCAUACUGUAUCCAGUUGACAGAUUCUCAGAGAUGGGCCCUUGUUCAAGGACUUAUUUCAGUGAUACAGGGUUCACUUGUAUGCAACUGUUAGAUCAUAUCCAUGCAUAUUACCAGGAGAACAUGUCAAGAAUAGAGAUCGAGUUGGCCAUUCAUACUGAUUCAAGGCACGCUGAUAAGCUGCGAUCAGUGUAUUCAAGUAAAGAAGCUGCAGAUCGUGGUUAUGUGGAAUUCAAGAGGAUUGAGUUCUUAGGGAGCCGUAAAAGCUUAGAAAUGCUAAAACGUGUUCCUGGGGAUAACAAUAGUAAUGUAUAUGAGUUGUUGACCCACGCAUAGUGCCAUCAAAGUUAUUUUUAGUCUGUGUAUAUGAACAUUGAAGAUUCAAAGCAACCUAGACCUGAGUGUUUAAUGAAGAUAAUGUUUCCAUGUAUCGCAUAGGCUAGGAGAGGUAAUAUGGUUGAGAACCAGAGUCAAAAAUGAGCUGGCUUGUUUGAUUAUCCAAGAUUGGUUGUACAGACUUGUAUGGUUUCGGCUUAUGGGGUUCCUAUGAAAUAUUGUAAUUUUGAUUUGUUUGGUUAAUUUGUUUUAGCCUUCUCAAAUUUAAGUGUAAACAUAUACACAUAUUUCUUCUAAGAUUUUGUUUUAUUAUUAA